GAUUUUGUUUUUAUUUUUUCAACACAUUUGUAAACUGUUUAAAUUUAGUAAGAUUUUGUGGCUCAGUACCAUCACAUCAAGUGUUUUUUGAUACCAUUUAUUACAAUUCUUCGGUUGUCGAUCUUCUAAUGCCUUUUUAAAUAACUAAUAUGUAAGAUUAAUUUAUAAUUAUAUAAAUGAUUGAUUCACAAGGCCCUGAAGCUUGGUAUAUGGGUCUUCCCAGAUUUACUCGCACAUUUAUCACAAUUAUUCUCGGCAUAACUUUACUUUCAUUUUUUAAGGUCCUAGAUCCAUCCAAACUUCUCCUUAACUGGGAACUUGUUUUACAAAAAUUUCAAAUCUGGCGCCUUGUUACUUCAGUUUUAUAUGUCGGACCUUUUUCACUCAGAUGGAUAUUCUUUAUUCUCCUCUUUUCUCAAUUUUCCUCUUCACUUGAGAACAACUCAGUUUUUACUCACUCUCCAGGAGCAUAUCUUUACUUUCUGUUCAUUCAGUCCAUCUUCCUUGCCUGUAUUAGCGCAGGUUUCUUCUGGCCAUCCGGGUACCCUUACUUAGCUGAUUCCUUGUUAUUUGCAAUCAUUUAUUACUGGUCAAAGAGGGAUAUGUGGACCAUAGUUUCAAUAUACUUCUUUAACGUUAAGGCCUAUCAACUUCCAUUUGCUUUGCUUUUCUUACAUUUAGUUAUGGGUUCAUCCUUAUGGGUUGACAUUAUGGGUAUGAUAUCAGGCCAUUUGUUCUACUUAGCUCGAGAAGUUUUACCUAGCAAAGGAUAUACCAACUUUCUCAUCAGAACGCCUAAAGUUUUCGAUUUACUAGCUACAUCUAUAGAUCGGAUGUACUCCCAGCUCUUCCGUAGAUCUACACACCUUGGAGGGUCUAGAUUCCGCUACGAUCCAAGACCUCCAGAACCCACAGGCCGAAUGUUCAUUGGUAGAGGAAUUAGGUUGGGUGAUUCGUAACUUUUUGAAAUGUAACAUAUAAUGUAGUACUCCAUA